CACCAGCCUAAGCUGCAGCAUCCUGAAAGCGACUCUGUGAAGCAGAUUAAUCGCCAGCACCAAACAUAGGAUGAACAAGCACGUAUUCCUUAAGAAAGUUGCCACAUUAGAAACAAUCUGUGAUAACACAAAAAUGACAUCAAUGACUGCAAACAAAUUAAAGAAAAGAUGAUAUAAUAUACUUGGACAAGUUGACAAGUUGAGACCUGACACAUCUAUGCUGGAAGCUAUAAACAUGAUAUUGAUGUUGAUUUUCUCCAUGAUUACAGCAAAGGAAUAUAGAUUGUAAUUAGAAAGUAUGGAGCACAUUCAAUAGAUCCAAUAGACAUGAUAUUUCUGCAGAUGAACAUUCUUUAGAGGAUCCAAAUGCCCAACGUUUCUCAUGAGUGCAUAUGUGAUAACUGGCUCAAGACUUCUCUAUCUGGACUAAAAUAAAAGGGAGAACUAAUACAGUGGUGCAUUUUCCUAACCAUAUUGUAUCUCUUUGAAAAUAGAAUACAAGUUUUGUUUGAAAAUUAUAGUUCAAUUUGGCGUCAAAUGAAUGUAAUCUGUCUAACAACAUUCAGGCUUCAUUCAGACCCACUUUAAUUAUAGCAUCAAUAAGCAAAACUUGUGUCUUUAGACUUUCUUCAGAUACACUACAAAAACUUACGAUACUUUCAAGAUGUGGCCGUACAGUGUGACUCAAACUUUUGACAUUGAAUUUAUAGUGAAUGGUAUUUUCACACCAUUGACAUGUUUAUUUGGCAUAGUAGGAAAUACACUGGCAUUCCUUGUGCUGAGGAAAAUACAACAAAAACAGAACAGCAUUGCCACUAUGUUACUUCAGGUGCUAGCUGUGUGUGAUUCAUUUUUCCUACUGGGAGCAUUCUUCCCCAUGUACGUUACCCUGUACCGCAAAUAUGUGCAGUGUUUCCCAGUUGGACUUGCUGCACGUGUAGUUAUAUACCUGGAGCUUGUCUGGAACUUUUUAGCCAUGCUAUCACAGACAUUAUCAAUCUGGGUUACUGUCUUACUAACAGCAGAGAGAAUGAUAGGCAUAUGUUAUUCAAUGCGGGCAGUUACCUGGUGCUCCAAAACCCGCAUAAAGGUGUGUCUCGGUGUUUCUGUAGUGCUUGCCCUGUUAUACAAUGGGAUGACACUUUUUGAGUGCUAUGCAGCAUUGGAAGAAGACCCUAGAUUUGCUAAGAAUGAUGCGCCUGCUCUCAACUCCACAUCAACUCUCAACCUCUACUCCAAUACAAGUGACUCACACACAACUGAAACAUUCCAUGGAGACAUAACAACAUAUCCAUCAUUUGAAAAAGAAAAUGGUUUCCACAACAAAAGUGAUUCUGGUGUUACCCAUGAUGAUAAUAAAACCGCUACAAUAUAUUGUCUAUACAGAGAAUGUUCACUUACGAGGAACUCACAUGCAUAUGUUACAGUUGGAGUUAUCUUGAAUUCAGUGAUUCGGUAUGGAGGACCAGUUAUUGCCGUGUGUUGCUUGAACAUUAGAAUCAUCUAUACCAUGAGACACUCACUUCAUGCUAGAUCAGAUCUAAAGAGUUCCAUGUCUCAGUUCAAUGCUGAAGUCCGAAGCUUCAAUCACAUGUGUUUAGUAGUCUCCAUUGUCUUCCUGGUCUGUAUGAUCCCCACUAAUGUUAAUUUUGUACUUGGUCUGAUAGUGUUCACGCGCAUGUCAGCUCCACCAGAUUGGUACAGAAAAUAUGAUCUUGUGGCUGAUUAUCUUGUCGUGUUAAACUCCGCUGUCAACUUCAUCAUUUAUUGUGCUAUUAGACAGGGAUUUAGGAAGCAGUGUGCUAGGUUGUUUCAAAAGAAAAAAUGCUUGCAUGAAUGUAUUCGCCCCAUCAAUGAGAACCCUGGAACUAAUGGUGUUGUUAAAUCCCCCAAUGAAAGUGAGACUCAAACAUUUUUAACGCAAAUUACAAAGUGUGAUGAAAAUGUUCAUUAGCAUGUUUAAUGAUAUACUUAUGAAAAUAAAUAUUAUUAUAAUGGUAUCUCAGUGCUCUCCCAGGGAUUUUCUGUAGAGGAUAUGUUUGGCACAUAUUUUUAAUUUUGUAAUUUUGUUACAGUAUUAGAGGUUUCUGUUAUGUUCAGUACAAUAUUUUUGGAUUUCAAAUUGUUUUAGUGAAACAGUUUGGGAUUUUUGUGGAAAAAUCUUGGAGGUUCUUCGAAAUCAAAUCUCAAAGAAUUAAAUGAGAUUUCAAUUCGACAAAGUCCUCCUUUUAUUAUCUUAGCCAAACCCUUUGAUUAGUGAAUAUAAGGGAGCAAUAUUUGAAAUAUUUUGGGUUUGGGCGUCAUAUGAUGAUAUAUUGCAAUAAAUUGUUGUCCUUGCUAAGUGCUAUGGCACAUAUAGAGGGUUGUAGGUUUAUCUCUGUUAUACAGAUAAUAACAUUUUCAAAUAAGAAUGUACAUACAAC